AUGGCUUACGGUAUUGACGCUCCAGGAUCUAUUGGAACUAACAUCAAAGGCUAUGUCAUGAGCAAGAACCUCCUACAGAUCGUAGGACAAACGCUGGAGUGA